CAAUUCACGUUCUCACUCGUUCAGUCGUUGUCUCUCCUCAGCACUUUACGUUUUUUUCAUCUCAACGACAGCGAUUCCGUUCCGGCCAUCAACAACUCUGAUUUUGUCCAUCUCUCUCUCUCGGUCUCGUUCAUCUGCGUUUCGAUUGAGUAUUUUCAAAAUCGGAAUAUUGAUCACUGGGUUAGAUUCCUCUUUGCAGCUCCAAUUCCCAAAGCCCUUUUCACUAAAUCGCUCUCUCACAGUCACAGCAUAACAAUGGAUGACUUUUCCAGCGACGACGAAUCCAUCAAUAAUAAUUCCAGCUCUCCUACUCCUUCAGAUUACGCUGAGAUUGUUGUUGUGCGUCAUGGUGAAACUGCUUGGAAUGCCAUCAGUAAAGUCCAGGGGCAACUGGAUGUUGAAUUGAAUGAAACUGGAAGACAGCAAGCAGCUGAAGUGGGUGAUAGACUCUCAAGGGAACCUAAGCCUUCUGUGAUAUAUACUUCAGACCUUCAACGAGCUUCUGAAACAGCACAGAUAAUUGCAUCCAAAUGUGGACGGGUGGAGGUUGUCAAGGAUGCUGACCUACGGGAAAGACACCUGGGGGAUCUCCAAGGCCUUGUUUAUCAUGAAAUGGCAAAAGCUAAUCCCAAGGCUUACAAAGCAUUUAUGUCUAAGAACGAAGAAAUGGAAAUACCAGGUGGUGGUGAAAGUAUUGUUCAACUUUUUGUUCGCUCCACAUCUGCGUUGGACCGAAUUGCCAUGAAGCAUAUAGGGGAGCGAGUAAUCAUUGUGACUCAUGGAGGAUUCAUUAGACAACUCUACAACCGGGCCUGCCCAAAUGGAGGGCCUUGUGGGAAGGUACUCAACACAUCAGUUAGUGUUUUUCACUUGGAUGCUGAUGAUAAAUGGAUCAUAAAAAUGUGGGGUGAUGUUAGCCAUUUGAGCCAGUCUGGAUUUCUACAGUCUGGAUUUGGGGGUGAUAAAAAUUCUGGUUAGGCCGUUGUAUCUCAUCCAGAAGUUUGAUUGUUUCCCAACCAUUGUUAACUAAAGUUUGACUCACUAUGAUUGUUUGAGGUCUAUGUAGAACCUUGAGUGUAUGACUCUCAUUGCACUCUUUAUAAUUAACAAAGAGUAGAAGUACAGAAAAAUAAUCAUUAGCUUCUGUUUCAAAAUGUUGAAGAAUGAAGAGGUUUAU